AGUAUCUGGCCGGAUCCAUCAUGACUAUCACAUUCAUGACUGUUUCAUUGUUCCUUCUGUUUUAUUUUCUUCCUGUUGGAUUAGCAGCUCGAAACAGCAAACAAUCUCCUCCUCUUUUACCUGUUGAGAGAGCCAACUACACACUUCAAGGACUACUGGAGUACUACUGGAUGACUGACCCUGUCUACAAACAAAUCCAGUUCUUUUUUGCAUGUGGGCAGAUUGGGGGAGGUGGCUCUCCUUAUGUAUGGAACAAGUGUAGCUGCUAUUCCACUAAAUCCUGCAUCGACUGCUACAGGUGGUGGGAUGCUGUAGCACUUGAGUCUAUUGCAACUUUUGGCGUAUACACUGACUCAAAAGAUUACUCCACCAUUCCGGAAGUGGUCUUCAGGCAUUCUCCCUAUAAUUCAAAGUGGGAUGCUACGUCUACUUAUUACUGCACUUUUGUCGAUGACUUUGCUUGGUAUGGUAUUGCUUAUCUAAGGAUCUAUGAAUGGCUAAAGGCUCCUGUUUGGUUGGAAAGAACUACUCUACUCUUUGAAUGGCUGUGGAAGUAUGGUUGGGAUCAAACUUGUGGUGGCUUCUGGUGGAAUCUCUGUGACACUCAGCAUUACAAAGAUUCAAUAACAAUUGUAGAAAUGAUGCACCUCACUUCAAAACUAGCCUAUCUCUUUCCUAAAAAUGAUACUUACUUGUUAAAGGCAGAGAAAGUGUGGAACUGGUUCUUUAGUUUUGAUGAUGGAUAUGGUUUAAUGAGUGACAAGUAUUUAGUAUCAACUGGUGCUAUUCCAGAGAAAUGCUGCAAUUCUUCAUCAAAGGAUCCCUUAACUAAAUGUUAUAACUCAAAGAUAUCAGGCACUUCAUAUAAUCAAGGACUACUGAUGAGUUCAGCAGCUUACCUGUACAGGAGGACUGGUAACAAGACCUAUCUACUAGUAGGAAUGAGAGCAUUAGAAGCUAUACUGAGCAACUAUACUACAGAUGAAGGUAUUCUUAUUGAUGAACCUAGAAGCUACCAAACUUACAACAAUGAGCAAUGUUGGGGUGGUAUAUCAGACCCUGGUGGUGACUAUUACUCAUUCCAAGGCAUCUUCAUGCUUCACUUAAGCUACUUCAUUGACUUACUGAGAGAGAAUGGCAGUUUACCUGAUGACACACUAGAGAGAGUAAAGAGCUUUGUAUCUAAGACAAGUGAUGCAGCUUGGACUCGAUCAGCAGUCUGGGCUCCAUUCACAGAGGAAGAUGUAUGCAACACAAACCCAAAGAAACUAACAAGUAAAUAUCCCAAGUUCCACUGGUGGUGGGGAAUGAACAAUACUGAGCAGAUUAUACCUCCAAGCCCAAGAAUAUUCUUUCAUAAAAUGGAGCUCCGUUGCUAUACUCUAGUAAACAACUCUCAGCUCUGGCAGGGAGAAGUCAUCGACGAAGGAACUUGCAUGGUAAAAUGUCUUUACAACAAAACCUGCGCUAAGUAUCUCUUCCAGACGUACGAGGAUAAAGUGCAAGGCCUCAAUUGCUGGCUCUGGACAUACAAUCGAACUGAUCAUAUUUGUAAUAAAAGUGACUCUGAUUUCACUGCUGGCUUUAAGAGGCCAGUGGGUGCUUCUUGUGCUGGUCAUUGUAAUAAUAGUACACCAAUCAAUACAUCAAAUGGUGGAGUGUGCUACUGUGAUUCACAGUGUCCUAAACACCUUGACUGCUGUCUGGAUUAUGCUGAUCUAUGCCUACCUCAAGAUACUGUUCCAUCUUGCAAAGGACAGUGCUCUCAAAAUGUUUCCCAGCCUAUAAGAGGUGGUGGAUACUGCUGGUGUAUGGAUGGCUGUCUUGGGUAUACUGAUAAUAAUAGUGAUGGUAGCUGUUGUCCUGAUUAUCACAAAAACUGUCUCAAUAUUACUAUGCCCACUUGUCUGGAUGCUCGCUCCCAAGGAUCUGCAUUCAACCUGUUUAUUGCUCAUCUAAAGCUUUCAAAAAUUAACUAAAUAUUUAAGUAAACAUAAACAUAAAAACAACAAUAAUUUUCUUGUAAUAAUAAUGAUAAUUUAUCCCGAAGAGGGACAUUUUCGUGUGCAU